AUACACCGAACGUGAAGAAGGACCAGUCUGCGGGUGCGGGGAACCCACGACAGUGUGCUUCAUGGCGGUAACACUGGAGAUUGCGAUAAUUGAGAAGAACCAGUGAGCUGCCUGUUGCAAGUCACAUCGCCGUUACUUGGCCUCCUGUCGCCCUGUGACUAGCGGCCUCCAAGAGAGGCAACACGCUAACGAUGGAGAAUGGACAGAGCACCGGCUCCAAGCUCGGGCUGCCGCCCCUCACACCAGAACAACAGGAGGCGUUGCAGAGGGCAAAGAAAUAUGCCAUGGAGCAGAGCAUUAAGAGUGUGCUGGUGAAACAGACCAUAGCCCAUCAGCAGCAGCAGCUCACCAAUCUGCAGAUGGCAGCAGUGACAAUGGGCUUUGGAGAUCCCCUCUCACCUUUGCAAUCGGUGGCAGCACAGCGGCAGCGGGCCCUGGCCAUCAUGUGUCGCGUCUACGUGGGCUCCAUCUACUAUGAGCUUGGCGAGGACACCAUCCGGCAAGCCUUCGCGCCCUUCGGGCCCAUCAAGAGCAUCGACAUGUCCUGGGACUCGGUCACCAUGAAACACAAGGGCUUUGCCUUUGUGGAGUACGAGAUCCCGGAGGCAGCUCAGCUCGCUCUGGAGCAGAUGAACUCAGUCAUGCUGGGGGGCCGCAAUAUCAAGGUGGGGCGGCCAAGUAACAUCGGCCAGGCGCAGCCCAUCAUUGACCAGCUGGCAGAGGAGGCACGCGCCUACAAUCGCAUCUACGUGGCGUCCGUACACCCGGACCUGUCGGACGACGACAUCAAGAGCGUUUUCGAGGCCUUCGGCAAAAUCAAGGGAUGCACGUUGGCGCGGGACCCCAACACCGGCCGCCAUAAGAGCUACGGCUUCAUCGAGUAUGAUAAACCCCAGUCGUCCCUGGAUGCCGUGUCGUCCAUGAACCUGUUUGACCUGGGCGGGCAGUACCUGCGGGUGGGCAAAGCUGUGACGCCGCCCAUGCCCCUCCUGACGCCCACCACCCCCGGAGGCCUGCCCCCCGCAGCCGCAGUUGCUGCCGCCGCCGCCACCGCCAAGAUCACGGCUCAGGAGGCCGUGGCUGGCUCCCUAGCCAGCCCAGCUCAGAUUCUUGGCCAGCAGAUGGGACUCCCGCAGGCUGUACUGGCAGCCCAGGCCCCUGGACUCAUCACAGGAGUGACCCCGGCACGGCCAGCCCUGCCCGUGGUGCCCCAGGUGGGGCUGGUGAACCCGGUGCUGGCAACGCCACCCGUCACGGCAGCAGCGGUCACCGCAGCGGCAGCAGUAGCCGCGGCGACGGCGGCCAACCUGCCGGCUAGCCUUGAGGCCAAGAAGGAGGCGGAUGACGCACGUGCUGGCGGCGACCAGGAGGACCAAUCGGAGCAGGAAAGGGCCAACCAGGAGAAUCUGGCCGACCAGGAGCACCUCAGCAUCUCGGGAAGCACGGCGCGACACAUGGUCAUGCAGAAGCUGCUUCGCAAGCAGGAGUCCAGCGUGAUGGUGCUGCGGAACAUGGUGGGCCCCGAGGACAUCGACGACGACCUGGAGGGCGAGGUGACGGAAGAAUGCGGCAAGUUCGGCGCCGUGAACCGGGUCAUCAUCUACCAGGAGCGGCAAGGCGAGGAGGAUGACGCUGAGAUCAUCGUCAAGAUCUUUGUGGAGUUCUCGGAAGCGUCGGAAAUGAACAAGGCCAUCCAAGCCCUUAACAACCGUUGGUUCGCUGGCCGCAAAGUCAUCGCGGAGGUGUACGAUCAGGAGCGGUUCAAUAACAGUGACCUUUCAGCAUAAUAAAACAAAUAAAAAAAAACUCUCAUAGGAAAACACAACAGAUGACAAGACGCAUACACAAACACACAGACGAUGGCCGCCGACAGCCCCAAAACUUCCUAUUACCCAUCAUCCUCCUCUUUCCAAGAUGGCCGUUGCUCAAACUCGCUCAGCCGACAUCACUGCUGCUAGAGAUUUGAGCCUCUUUUAAACGUGUAAUUAUUUUUUUAUUGAUGUUAAUAUUAUUAAUCCCUUUCACCGGGAUUGGCAAAGAAAAGAAUACGUGCGCCUCAUGGAUUUUUUUUCUUGUAAUGGUCACGUACCGUGAAGGUUUUUUUCUUUUUUUGUUUUUUGUUUUUUUAUGUUCCAGGGUUUUUUCUAAUUGAAAGUUGGUUUGCUCUCCCCCCUUUCACUUCCUGUCUAUUUUUUAAUUUUGCUUUUGUUUCAUGAAUGCCAGCAUUUUUACCCACUAGCAUUGUGUUUAGAGCUCAGCACACCAUGUACUGAGUACUUAGAACUAUUCGUUCAAGGUUUCCCAAAACAAUAAAUUCUCAACUGUGUAAAUA